ACCACUUCUUGAGUUAGCACUUAAUAUGGAAACAAUUAUGAGUCCACGGGAGUCUCUUCUGGAUUGAGAAAUAGGUUGAAGCCAUAGAGAGACUUGUUGCGAAAGACGGAAAAUAGAAAUGGAAUAUUUUUAUUUACAGCUGUCUUCUGAAAACAACAAAACUCUGUUACUGUCAAGAGUGCCAUCCCAAUCUGUGAAUUCAAUAGCAAGGAAAUCCACAACUGGCAACAUUGCUUCAAAUUCUCUCAUUCAGGGUGAAGAUUGACAACAACAAAGGAUUACAGAAGACAAUUUUCUUCAUGUUUAGUGAAAAAAGGGGGAACUAUACUUCAAACACACCAAGCUAAACAACCCCUUUUCAGACUUCACUUCCAGACAGAAGCCAGGUCAAGGACCUAGCAGCAAUAGCCUGCUUUUUAAUUUACAUUUCAGUAUGUUGUUCGUGAAUACCCAGAGCAUUGUAUUAUAAUGCGCAAAUGGAUGCUAAAAUUGAUCCUGCCAACUUUGCUUUCUAGACUGUACUUUCACGUUAUCUUUCUAGUGGGCAGUGUGUCUUUAGCUUGCAAUGAUAUGACUCCAGAGCAACUAGCUGCAAAUCCGAACUGUUCCAGUCCUGAACGGCACACAAGAAGUUAUGACUAUAUGGAGGGAGGGGAUGUACGAGUGAGGAGACUUUUCUGUCGGACACACUGGUACCUGACAAUUGAUGAAAUGGGCAAAAUCGAAGGGACAGGCGAGCAAAACAACCGUUACAGUAUUCUGGAAAUAAGGACUGUCUCAGUUGGAAUUGUGGCAAUCAAAGGGGUAGAAAGUGAAUACUUCCUGGCAAUGAAUAAGUCUGGAAAAUUAUAUGGCAGGAAAACCUGCAAUGAGGACUGCAACUUUAAGGAACUGAUUCUAGAAAAUAAAUACAAUACAUACUCCUCUGCAAAGUGGACUCAAAAGGGCAACGACAUGUAUGUUUCCUUGUCAGUCAAAGGUGUAGUGAUGAAAGGCAAAAAGACAAAGAAGGAAAACAAAGCAUCUCAUUUCUUACCUAUGCCAAUAACCUAAUUCCCCCAAGACCAGAUUGCUACAGUAUACACUACGUGUUAAUUUCCAGCAACAAAAAAAAAAAAAUUCUACGCAGUAACAAAUGCCUUUAUCAAGUAAGCUGGGAUAACUACUGAAAAGUGAACAAGCUGGACUUGCAUUUUGCGAAGAACUUUUUUUUUUUUUUUAAUGACUGUACAAAAUUUUUGGGAAGACAACACUUUAAUGUUUAUAAAAACUUUGAUCUCGAAAGUGGCAGAUAAAAAAAAAAAAGUUUAACAGAUGAAAGUUGUUUUUUUGGCUUUUAAGCUGCAUUUAUGACCUGCUAUUCUGGCCACUUUUGAUAUUUGUAACUGGCUAGUGCCUUGAUUAGUUAUUUACAUGGCUGCUAAAGUUAUUCAAAGGGAAGUGUUAUAAAUGUUAUUUAAAUUAUAUACAAUUCUGAAGCUGCUGGAGUAACUAAUGUUAAAUCACCAAAUGGACAGUUCUAAAUAGAGGAACAGUACUUUAAGCUUUGGUUGACUGUCCCUUUACACACAUUACUAAUCUAAAUAAAAAAUAAACAAUAGCUUAAAAUACAAGGCACUGUAUUGAUAAGAACUUUUUAUUUAAAGCAUUCCACUUUCUGUUGUGUUUUUGUUUUGUUUUAAUACACCCCCCCACCACCACCACAAAGACUAAAAAAAAAACCACGGGCUAAGUGGUAAGACAAGUAAGCAAAUUGAGGUAAAUUAAACACAGUAGGGCUUACAUUUGUGCAUGUAUCGUUUAUAUAAACAGUGUGAUUUUUGUUAUACAUCUGCAUAAACAUUAAAAGAUAGCUCAAAUGGAUGUCAUGGCUAGAAAAAUUGGACUUGCAUUAUUAAAUAGGCACAUUUCCCCAUUCCCAUAAUAACAUCUCUCAUUAUCUUGUAGACUUGAUUUUAAUGGCUGUGGAUGACAACAUUUGCGUGCUAGUACGUUUGGAAUUCAUUUAAAUAGUCAAUUUGCAUAGCUCCAUGAGAAUAGCAUGCUAAAUGCAAAAUUUUCAUGACAAAGGAAAGCUACACGCAAACCUAUUUAGUCAUGCUACAAGGAAAAGUAAGGGCAACCAAUAAGGGCAACGGAGCACUCCAAAAUAGCAUAACAAUAGCAUGACAACAUCUUACUUUCUGAUGUAACCUUAGUCACUGCCGGAAAUGCAGUCUCAUACAGUUUACUUCCGAUACAAUGUUGUUUAUCUCAUGUUGUAACACUACAUUUUCCUUGACGUUAACAAAACACUUAAUUUUUGUAUACCAUGCUUCUUUAUAAAACUCCAAACUUAAAAAAAAAAAAAAAAUUAUAGUCUCUAUAGGGCAAUAACAUUAGCAUGUGUUCAAGAUUGUGUUUGAACUUUAUUGUUGUAUGUUAUUUAAGUUGAUAUUAUUUAUAUACAAUUCAUAUUAAGUUAUGUCUGUUUCACAUGUUCUUGUUUUUUUUUUUUUUUUUUUUUUUUUUUUAAACAACAACAUUGUCUGGUCACAGAUAUAAUAUAGAAGUCCUUAUACGCAGGCAUGCACAGAAGCUUGAACACAAUGCUCUUGCCAGUAAACACAGGAUGGCAGGCAAAAAAUGACAGCCUACACAAAUUCCUACAGUAGAAGGCAAAUAAGGGGCAUAACAACAUGCCAUAUAUACAGUUUCACAUUUUGCCAAAUACAAAUAAUAGUGUUUCACAAAACAGUGCCAACAUAAACCCCACUCAAGCUUGUCAAACCCACCCAUCAAAAUAAUUGUUUUUGUAAAAUAAGCAUCAUCACCACUGACAAACUAAUACCAGUGCAGUAAAAUGUUAUUCUCUGAAGAUGCAAUUGUAAAAUUUGUGUUUAAAUAAGAAAUAAAAUAACUAAAUGCUGUUGCAUCUAUGCAAAU